UAAUAAUAAUAAUAAAAAUAAUAAAUAAAGAAGAAGAAUAAGAAACAAGGGAGGGAGAGAAAUAGGGUGAUUUCAGUUGCAGCACAAGACAACUUCCUCUUCCCAAGCACAGGUGCAGGUAGGGUUGUGAAAUCUGUGGAUCGAUCCCCAUCCAGAUCAUCUGUUACAUAGUGGCAGCGUGUGGGUGAUGUUACGGAGCUGGUGAUGAUCAUGGCCACUGCUGCCGUUAUAAACGGACUUAGCACUGGUAAAAGGCUCCUACUCAGUUCUAGCUUGUUCUAUUCUGAUGUUUCCGACAAGUUUGUUGCUUGCUCCACCGAUUCACACUGUCCAAUUGCUUCAUCUAAGAAGCCCAUCAAUGCCAAAAAAUCUUCCAAUUUCUUCUCCAAUCGACAUCCCCACUCCAUUAGGGCUCUUAAAGAACACGUGGACGCUGCCUCCGAUCCUUGCACUCUGGAGCCGUGGCUAAUUCAUGGUUCCACCCUCUUAGGCGAGGAGGAUGAAACAUCUGAUGAGUAUUUGGUCGAUGCUGUCCUUUUAUUGCAAAAAUCUUUGCUCGAAAAACAGUGGAAUCUUUCUGCUGAGUCAUCCACAAAGCAAACAGUUACUAGUCCUAGAGAGAGAACUCCAGCUCCAGCUCGAGCUCGAGCUCGCAAGAAAAUUACUCAGGUCACUUGUUCUGGAACUAGUGCUCGAUCCCGCAGAAUGGAUUCUAGGAAAAAGGCUGUUGGCCGGAAUAUUUCCAAUUCCCAUCAUGAUAAUGUAAGGAAACAGUGGAGAUCAAUAAUCAGUCCAGAACUUCUUCAGAAUAGCUCGAGGAGAGGAUAUGUAAAGGGUGUUAUAAGUGAGGAUUUGCUCACCCAUUCCCAAGUCGUUCAACUAUCACAAAUAAUUAAAGCAGGUCUUUUGUUGGAAGACCGCAGAUCCAGAUUGAAAGAAAGAUUGGGGUGUGAGCCUUCAGAUGAGCAGCUUGCAACUUCCCUGCAGAUUAGCCGUGCUGAUUUGCAGUCAAAAUUGAUAGAGUGCUCACUUGCUAGAGAAAAGCUUGCCAUGAGCAACAUUCGACUUGUCAUGUCUAUAGCUCAAAGAUAUGAUCACAUGGGUGCCGAAAUGGCUGACCUUAUUCAGGGUGGUUUGAUUGGAUUGCUCCGAGGGAUUGAAAAGUAUGAUUCUUCAAAGGGAUUUAAGAUCUCAACUUAUGUUUAUUGGUGGAUUCGGCAGGGAGUGUCAAAAGCUUUAGUGGAGAACUCAAGAACCCUAAGAUUACCCACGCAUCUACAUGAAAGACUAAGUUUGAUUCGGAAUGCAAAGGCUAGACUGGAAGAGAAAGGAAUAACUCCGUCAAUUAGUAGAAUUGCUGAAAGUCUGAACAUGUCGCAGAAAAAAGUGAGGAAUGCCACUGAGGCAAACAGCAAGGUAUUCUCGCUCGACAGGGAAGCAUUCCCAUCAUUAAAUGGUAUUCCGGGAAAAACUCUUCAUAGUUACAUUGCAGACAAUCACGUGGAGAAUAUCCCAUGGCAUGGGGUUGAUGAAUGGGCACUUAAGGACGAAGUAGAUAAGCUGAUAACUUUGACGUUGAGAGAGCGGGAGAGAGAGAUUAUCCGUUUAUAUUACGGGCUUGACAAUGAAUGCCUGACUUGGGAAGAUAUCAGUAGAAGGAUAGGUUUGUCAAGGGAAAGAGUAAGACAGGUGGGACUUGUUGCUCUUGAGAAAUUAAAACACGCAGCCAGGAACACAAGAUUAGAUGCCUUGUUCAUCCAACAUUGAUGGAUGGAUACCUUCAUCCAUAUGGCCACAAACACAGUUUUUGUUUCUACUUUCUGUAUAUAUAAAUAUAAACAUAAAAGUCACAUUUUACAUAAUAUUAUGGAGAGAUGUUUAUAUCA